AAAUUGAAUGGAAUUAAACUCGACAUUUGUUGAAGAAGAUGAUUCAACAUUUAUGUCAAUUGCAGUAAUUCUUGAAUCAAUUCAAGGUUCAAGUUCAUUUGAAUGGAUUCGAACUAAUUUGAGGCAUUUAUUGCCUAUAUUUUGUUUUAUUGGAAUUCUUGGAAAUUCUAUGGCAUUGAUUCUGAUCAGGACAAAUUUCUGGUUGAGAAGGCUAACAUCAAACAUCUACCUCUGCACUUUAUCAGUAUCAUCAUGUUUUUUUCUACUUACGGUUAUCAUUUCAUGGGCAGAUACAUAUAUGGGAUUACCACUUUAUUCAGAAUCUGAACUUGGUUGCAAGUUCUUCUCAUUUCUUGCUCAUUUUAGUGAUUUUAUCUGUGUUUGGAUGAUUUCAUUGAUCUCUUGUGAUCGAAUGAUCGUACUUUAUAGACCUAGAAUCAGAAAAUGGGUUUGCACGAAGAAAUUCUCUCGAAACAUGACAAUUGGCUUUGUGUUAUCAUCAGUUGUCCUCUACAGCUGGCUAUUUCUACUUGCUGGUCUUCAAAUUUAUAGAUUAAAAGAUGGAACUGAAAACACGUUUUGUGGAUUGAGUCAGGAUGUCAAUUUAUUUGGAUUCCAAGUGGACCAACAUUACUUCAUGUUCACCCUCAUGGAUACAGCUCUUUGCACACUUCUUCCAGCAAUUCUCAUCAUCAUUGUCAACUCAUUCUCCACAUAUCGGUAUCGUCAAUGCAUGAAAAUCUACUCGUCUGGCGUGCUCCGUGUUCGAUUUGUGCGUGCUCCAACAACUCAACAACAGCAGCAACAACUCAACAAUGAUACCAUUCAAUUUGAAGAGACAACAGUGAAAAAAUAUCUUCUGAGCACAGACAAUACACAUUCAAAUCUUCCCACGAGUUCAACUCAAUCCAGAAAUUGCGGAAAACUUCGAAGUUCUGAUUUACAAUUGAGCAGAACACUUAUCAUUGUCACUAGCACAUUUGUUCUUCUGAAUGUACCAAGUUAUGCAAUGCGUAUUCUUCAAUCAAUAAUCAGUUCAGCUGGACCAUUAUUCAAUUUUGUAUAUUAUGUUACUUUGCUCAUCUAUUAUUUACAUCAUGCUGUUUUAUUCUAUAUGUACAUUUUCUGGAGUCCUCAAAUGAAAAAACAACUGAAACCGACGGCGAUGCGACUUUUGGAAUGCUAUUGCCUGAAGACUGUUCCAGAUUUUGGACAUCGAUCUACUUCAACACAAGGUAAAGAACUUGGAUAA